AACAUACUAAACUUUUGUGUCGCAAUUGUAGUAGCUGCUAUGUUUUUGUGGUCGUUGAUUUUUGUAAUUAUUAUACUAGCAUGUAUUGCCACUUCUAACCAAGGGGUUAUGAGUUCGAGUCACCCCAAGAGCAAGGUGGGGAGUUCUUGGUGGGAAGGAUACUGAGGGUCUAUUUGGAAACAGCCUCUCUACCCGUGGUAGGGGUAAGGUCUGCGUACACACUACCCUCCCAGUCCCUACUAGUGGGAUUAUACGGGGUUGUUGUUGUUGUUGUUCAUUUGCAGUAGUGACUUGUGUCUUUAUUGUUUCAGGUUUAUGAGCUGGUAGGUCUAACUGAACUCUAUUAUGCCGGUAGCCAUGGUAUGGACAUCAUGCUGCCAGUCAAAAAUAUGUCGUCUACUAACGAUUCAAAGUGUAUUAAAUCUACUGAUCAGCAGGGCAAGGAAAUUAAUAUGUUCCAGCCUGCUCGUAAAUUUUUACCCAUGAUUGAUGAGGUUUUUAAAACCCUUGUCGAGAAAACUAAAGACAUUAAGGGUGCGAAGGUUGAGCACCAUAAGUUUUGUGCCUCUGUACAUUACCGUAAUGUAGAUGAAAAUAAUUGGCCAGUCGUUGCAUAAUACAUCCAUGAUGUCUUGAAAGACUACCCUCGGCUACGGCUAACUCAUGGGUGGAAGGUGGAGUAGAUGAAGAAAUAGAAGAUGAAUGCAAUGAAGAUCUAGACCUUACUUGAGAUGAAUUUUGAAUUGCUAUAGAUGAAUGUUCUAAGAAUCUUUUGUUGUUAACAUUUUGAAACUUACUAUCUUGAAAUGUAUUAAACUUAUGCACUUGGGGUAGAACAUUUGCUUUUAUGGAUAUUAUUAGCUUGUUGGACGAGUUAUA